UAUCAAGAAAAUAAAAACGCAACUGAUACAGAAAAUAGUACCAUUCAUGUUUAUUCAAAGAAGAUGAGGCUGGGUCAAUGAAAACAGGAAAACACUCCAGAAUAGUUGCAAGUGCCAUGACCUUGGCAUAAAUAUCUUUCUUCCAAGACAAUAUAUUGCAGAGGUUACAAUGUUUGUCAACUACUCGUUGACUCUUGUGCAGAAAGUCACGCGACGUUUAGUGCAUUGGGAGGCGAAUUGAAGUCUAGACCUAGCUUUAGAAAGCUCUGCCAUACGAGCGCGGUUACAUGGCACAAGAGUACGUAGUUGUCGUGGUGGAGUAUUGCAGGUUUUCGUAGGAAAUGCAAAUCUGCCAAAAGCACCUUCCGUCAGCUUGAAGACUCGGAAAACAGUGACUGAUGUAAAGAUAAAGCUGUGACAGAAUCUUUAGAAUUACUUGAUCGUUACUCUCAAAAUAUGAUACCUAAAUCACUGAACAACGCAUGAAGCUAUAACACAUUACUGAUAAGUGUCCUUUUUGCAUAUUCCCAAUUAAACUUGCGCCGGCUUGUUAUAAACUACACAAGGAAUUCAUAGGCUGCAUUAUUCGAAAUGAGCACGGAAGGUAACUAUUCUGCCAGAGAUGUUGGAAACAUUUCAUUUCCAUUUAACAAUGGAAGUAAUUUCUCAGAAGAAAAAUUGGCUUUUGGCUUGCACAUAGUCGACGGUGCAAUCAUAAUCGCCUACUUGCUCUUUUCCAUAGGUAUGGGUAUUUACCUGGGCAGGAAACACGAAACAGCGGCUGAUUACUUUCUGGCAGGUCGAUCAACAACUUGGCCUUUUAUAGGGCUAUCGUUGUUUGCCUCUGAUGUUUCUAGCUCAUCCCUAGUUGGUCUUGCAGGCGACGCGUAUAGCACUGGAAUUUCUGUUUUUAAUUACGUGUGGAUGGCGUCGGUUUCUUUGAUAUUCGUUGCCGUUUUCUUCAUCCCCACCAUCCUAAGACUAGAACUAUACACAAUGCCGGAGUUUCUAGAACGUCGAUACAACGCUGCAACGAGGUACUACCUGUCCGGUCUAUCCGUGCUGAUCAGCAUCAUUGGUAGCACAGCAAGUGGCUUGUUUGCUGGGUCUUUGAUCAUGAAUAUGAUUUUCCCUCAACUAAAGGUGUGGCACUCAGUAGCCAUACUUGCAGUUAUAUCUGGGGCAUAUACAAUCAGUGGGGGGUUGAAGGCUGUGAUUUACACCGAUGCCUUCCAGUCAGUGGUUCUACUUCUUGGCUCCGUGUUGAUUUCAAUAUAUGCCCUGAUUGAGGCUGGAGGGUGGAGUGCCGUAAAAUCAGCAGUACCACCUGAGGCUCUCAGUCUGAUCAGACCAGUGGAUGACCCUGGCGUGCCCUGGACAGGUCUCAUUUCAGGUAUUCCAAUGCUUGGACUCUAUUAUUGGUGCUGCCACCAAACCAUUGCCCAGAGGAUUCUUAGUUCUAAGGAUUCUAAUCAAGGAAGAUUAGGUUGUUUGUUAGCAGGGCUCCUCAGGAUACCUGUGCUGUUUAUAAUGGUGUUACCAGGUACAAUGGCCAGGCUUAUCUACCCUGACUUGCCGAAAGCUGAUCUAGUUUAUCCAACCCUGUUGUUUCGACUCUUACCUACGGGAAUCCGGGGGAUCGUUUUAUCGGGUUUUUUAGCUGCUCUAAUGUCGCAGGUUGACUCUAUUCUCAACUCCACUUCAACUCUAGUCACGAUGGACUUCGUCAAGAAACUCAAGCCCGAACUGAAGGACAAGCAGCUCCUGAACAUCGGCAGGUUUGUAACUUUCCUCUUCAUAGUCAUCUCCGUUUGUUGGGCGCCAACGCUGCAGAAUUUUUCUUCUCUCUACAAAUUUUCACAGAAACUUCUGUCGUACAUGAUACCGCCUAUUGUUGCCGUGUACAUGGGCGGGUUCUUCUGGAAAGGGGCGAAUGUCUACGGAGCCAUCACGGCCCUCGUUCUUGGCAAUGUGUGGGGAGUGGCGCUCUUCGUCAUCAUUCAGGUUGUGGAAUUAUUCGAAAUGCACUUUCUGCACACGGCGAGCAUUUUGUUUGUCCUGUCGGCUCUGUCGCUGGUGGUCGUGAGUCUGAUCGUCGCCAAGCCUUGCACGGAAGACCAGCUGAAAGUGACCUGGUCCAUGGAACAGUUUGCUGAAGAGAUUAAAUCUUGCAAGGAAUUGCCGCUCUGGAAGAAUUACUUUCUUUACUGUGUGUUACUGAUGAUCGCUACUCUCGUGGUGAUAUGCUUCUUUUGGUGAGUGGCAGUGAAGAAGCAGAGGGUGAGCAGUUUGGAAUAUAGUGCCAAAGAUGACUGAAAAAUGAUUUAGCAGUGAACUAAUCAUGAACCUUACCAUUGUUAUUUAUUUGUAUUUAUCAUAGUAUUCUUUGCACUUACGCUCAUUAUCAUGUUGAUUUCUGGAAGAAGGAACGGUUUUUUUUAUUAAAGUAUGAUCAC